AUGCUCGCUGCCAGAAACCUCUCUACUCUCCGUCUGUCCCUGCGGACUACCCAAUUUGUGACUCCCGUGUCGCAGCUGCGCAGUUACGCUAGCAAGAGUGCUGUUGCCGCAUUCAAGGGUCAGAAAGGCCCCGAUGGCAACUACACUGUUACACUGAUCGAGGGUGACGGCAUUGGCCCUGAGAUCGCCCAGUCUGUUAAGGAUAUCUUCGCGGCUGCUAAGGCUCCUAUCAAGUGGGAAUCCGUUGAUGUCGGUCCCAUCCUCAAGGACGGCAAGACUGCUAUUCCCGACGAUGCCAUCGCCAGCGUCAAGAGAAACUAUGUUGCUCUUAAGGGCCCCCUUGCCACCCCCGUUGGUAAGGGUCACGUUUCCCUGAACUUGACUUUGCGCCGUACUUUCAACUUGUUCGCCAACGUCCGCCCUUGCCGCUCCAUUGCCGGCUACAAGACCCCCUACGAUGGUGUCGACACUGUUCUGAUCCGUGAGAACACCGAGGGCGAAUACUCCGGUAUUGAGCACGUUGUUGUUGACGGUGUCGUUCAGAGCAUCAAGCUCAUCACCAAAGAGGCCUCUGAGCGUGUUCUCCGCUUCGCUUUCCAGUACGCUGAGUCGAUUAACAAGAAGAAGGUCCGCGUCGUGCACAAGGCUACCAUCAUGAAGAUGUCUGAUGGUCUCUUCCUCAACACUGCCCGUGAUAUCUCCAAGGACUUCCCCGAUGUCGAGUUCGAUGCUGAGCUGCUGGACAACUCUUGCCUGAAGAUCGUCACCGACCCCACUCCCUACAACGACAAGGUUCUGGUUAUGCCCAACUUGUACGGUGACAUUCUUUCAGACAUGUGUGCCGGUCUCAUCGGUGGUCUUGGUCUGACCCCCUCCGGUAACAUUGGUGAUGAGUGCUCCAUCUUCGAGGCCGUUCACGGUUCCGCUCCCGAUAUCGCUGGCAAGGGUCUUGCCAACCCUACUGCUCUGCUCCUGAGCUCUAUUAUGAUGCUGCAGCACAUGGGUCUCCACGACCACGCUAACCGCAUCCAGAAGGCUAUCUUCGACACGCUCGCUGAGGGCAAGACCCUCACUGGUGACCUUGGCGGUAGCUCUAAGACCCACGAGUACGCCGGUGCCAUCAUCAAGCGCCUGUAA